UUAGAGUGUUUAUGUAUAGUAAUGGGUACAAACAAUCACAAGAAAACUGAAGAUGGUGAUGAUGGUGACGCAGAAGGAUGUGGGUGUCAAAUUACAUGUUGUUGCUUUUCUAAGCGGUAUGAAGCCGACCAAUGUCAACGUUUCGCAAAUGCAAAAUGGGCACUACUUGUUCUCAGCAUGGCCCAUAUGAUAGAGCAAACAAUCAUGUCGGGAUUACUUGGUGUAUGCAUUAGCACGCUGGAAAAGAGAUUUGAGUUGCAAAGUAUAGAAAGUGGUAUCAUUGCCAGUAGCUUUGAUAUGGCUGCCGUUUGUGCGCUGCUCAUCAUUACAUUUGUCGGCGAAGAUAUUCAUAAGCCACGAUGGAUUGGAUGGGGAAUCUUCCUAGCAGGACUAGGAACGUUACUCUUCACACUUCCUCACUUUAUAUCGCCACAAUAUACAUUCAUGGAAACGGAGCUAUACAAUUUAUGUGAAAACGUUACGGUAUCUGAAUGCAGCACAACAAAUAUGAGAGAUUUUAGGUACAUCUUCCUCGUCGCUAUUGCAAUUGUUGGUAUCGGAUCGAACCCUCUUUACACAUACGCGGUAACAUUUUUUGAUGAAAACGUAAAAAAGGAAAAUUCAGCUUUAUAUAACGGAAUAUACUACGCUUGCGGCGGCUUCGGGCCCGCGCUUGGUUAUCUUUUUGGAGGAGCAACACUUGAAAUAUAUACGGAUAUCACUUCAGCAAAACCAGACGUAGACAGCACCAGUUAUUUGUGGAUUGGUGCGUGGUGGCUGGGAUUCAUGGUCUGUGGAAUAUUUCUUAUGAUAAUUUCAAUUCCCAUUAUGAUGCUUCCUCGGCAUCUCCCUCAAACUGAAAAAUACAGAAAGAAUAGAAACUAUGAAAUGCAGAAAACUAUGCUAAAAUGGAGCUUGUCUAAACAUGAAAAGGAAUCUAAAAGCCAGUUGCAGAUUCGUCUUCAAGCGGUGAAGUUGCUAUUCUACAAUAAGCCUUUUAUAUUUUUGACAUUGGGUUGCACUGUCAAUUGUGCAUUUAUCUACGGUUUCAAUACAUUUGGAGCGAAGUUUUUAGAAUCGGUUUUCGGGUUAAGUGCUUUCCACUCUUCAGUUUUAUAUGGUGUUACUGCUAUAUUUGCUGCAGUCGGAGCUCAAGUUUCAAGUGGAGUCAUUAUUUCAAAGUUUUCACUUAGCGUUACUGGAAUAUUGAAGUUAAUGAUAUGUUGCGGAAUAUUUUCGGCUCUAUGCAGUCUAGGUUUCUUUGUACACUGUCCCGAUAUAAAUUUUGCAGGAGGAACUGUACCUUACAUUAAUGAAACUAUCAUGUACUCGCCAGAGUCUAGCUGUAACGAAAUAUGUGGAUGCAGCACUGACCAUUACGAACCAGUGUGUCUGGAUGGCAUUACUUAUUUUUCGCCUUGCUUUGCUGGAUGCACAACACAAAUCAAUGAUACGGCUUUCACUGACUGUUCUUGUCUUCCACGUUCUGAUUCAAUUGUAUCUAAUGACACCUGUGACAGUGCUGCUUGUAACUUGUUGUUGCCUUUUAUUUUUGUCGUCUUUUUCUGCUUUUUCUCGUCGAUACUAACAAUUUCACCUGCAUUGCAAGUUACGCUAAGAUGUGUCCCAUUCGCAAACAGAACUCUGGCCGUGGCUAUGCAGACCGCUAUCAUUCUAGUCGUUGGAGUUUUACCGGGCCGUAUGCUCACUGGUAUAGUACUAGACUUGGCCUGUGUAACCUGGAGUACAGAGUGUGGAGAGAAAGGAUCUUGUCGAUCCUACAAUCGAUGGGAAUUGUCAAGGAAUACUGCUUUGUUGCUUCUUGCACAGACGUCUAUUUGUGUGGUGUUUUACGUUCUCGUCUACAUGACAUACAAACCUACAAACUUAGAAGACAAGGAGCUAGAUGACGUAAUCGAAGAAAGAGUGGGAGAUGGAGAGGCACAUUUCAGAGGAACGGAGGAUAAAAAUGAACAUUUGUCAGGAAAAUCUAUGUACGACAAACUGCGGAAAUCUAGUGAAACAAGUGUUUAACUUGUGUAUUGUUUAAAUAGAAGACAAUUUCGUGAAAUGAAAAUAUUUUAUUAUUGAUGUUCAAGCAUGCAUAAAUAUGCAUUUGGACGACCAAAUCGUUUUCUCAAUUCUAGAAAAAGUGGAAAAUAUUAUAAACAAAUAAAAACAGAAAUAUAUUUGUUA